AUGAUAACACUGGAUCAGUUCCUGAGGGAAGCCAACAGCUCACAGAGUAGUGGAAGUAUUCCAGUGGAUGAGAACAAACUCCACACCCCCAUCCAACGUAGAAGAAGCAACGACAGCGAGUCAAGAAGCAGUGAGAACUCCAACUCAAGUUUUAACCGUGCCCUGCAACAGAAACAGCUGAGCCUGGCGACCCAGUUCAGGCCGGAUGUCCCUGACGUGGCGGCCUCCACCCUCCCCUCCCCCACCGGCAGGGAGUACAACACCUCCCGGAACUCCCACUUCUCCAUCAGCAGCGGAGGGAAUGAGAACAACAGCUUCACCUCCAACGGGCCGUUGCCUUACGAUGUGUACACCUCCACCCCAAAAGUUAGUUCUGACGCCUUCCCUGGGUUGAAUUACAACAAUAACAAUUCUUCGGCUAGGACAGAAGGCGAAAUCUCGGAGCGCCAUCGCCUAGGCGACGGCAUCAACCGCCUGCCAGUGGCAAAACGAAUAUCAGACGAUGACAGACGUAGCUCCAGUCAAGAAUCGUCUCCGUACGCCAGCAUCAACAGACUCUCCAGCACCGCCAGUCAACCUUUUACAUCCUCCCCCAGAACAUCGCUGACCCACACCCAGUCCUCGUCAUCAUUCUUUCAGCCCGUGCCCUCCCACCAUCCGCACGCCCCCUCCAGCCAGCACUCCUCUAGUCUAGGGAGCUCAACAGACAGCUCCAGGAACCAGAGUAUACCUGUAGACCCCCAGCUCCCCUUCACGGCAGCUGAUCGCCUGGAUAGUUUAAUGAGGGGCGACCAGGCUCUGUCCCACUACGCCCAGCCUCACAACUCUGCUCAGUCCAACGACACCAGCUGGGUCAAACCCCGGGUCAACUCGAACCCGGACGCCGAUCGUGAUGCGGGUUAUAGUUUAGAUAGAAGAAGGUCAGAAGGGCCAAUGGACAGGUCCCAGUGGAUGGGCAACAAAGCCCCGCCCCCCAUACCCAGAACACAACCCGGUGAGCUGUCAAACAACCAGAGACCUGAAGCCAGGAGAUCUCAUGUCGGUAUCCCAGGAGCGCAGCCUCGAGCUCGGCCAUCCACGGCCAUGGGACAAUCUGGGCCUAUUAUCAAAGCCGUUUAUUCUCGUCCGAGGCAGGGAAACAGUUCUGUGAAUCCGCCUGUUAGGAGAGACGCCUCGGCGUCGAGGGCAGGGGGUAACCAGAACGCUAAUAAUAACUCCAGCCAGCAGUAUAGCCAGCCCCAACUGGCAGAGAGGCCUAAGUCAGUCCCCCCACAGCUGUUUAAUAAGUCUGAUGGUUUUAAAACAUUUGAAGGAAACAGGAACUCGUCUAGGGAGGCUCCGGAUGGUAGGGACCUUAAGGAUGUGAUUCAGACGCCUGCGUCAAAUGUGUCCCAUGUGGCCUUGAUUAGGGAGCCUAGUAGGUCAAGUUCAAGGCUGAGCGGUCCUUUUGACCAGCAGAACGCCAGACCACCCCAGUCGCAGCACCCGUCCCCACCCACCCAGCACCAGCAGGUCAGGAACCCCGUCCCCUCUCCUCAGAGUUACGGCAGUCAGACACAUUUAAACAACAGGCAGGCCUUACCCCCACAGACAUCACCUAAACAUGAGGCCGACCACCCGCCUAGAAAUACCACCCCCGGGUACGAUUCCAACAACCACAACCUGUCGCGGCCAAACACCAUGGGCCACCACAGCCCCUCGGCCCGACCUGAUGCAUUAGCACUUGCACAGAGCAGAUACCGCUAUGGCCAGAACAGUCCUUUAACCAGCCACUCCCUGUCAAACCUCGGGAGCCCUUCAAGCAACACUCCAUCCACAGCCCUACCCCCAGAUGCUACGUACGCCAGGAGUAAAAGCCCAGCCUUGCACUCUCGGCAAGACGGACGAGAUGGCCCUGGGUCCCUGUAUCAGGACCCAGCAACCCCCAGUGGGGGGUACUCCUCUGGCCUGACACCCAACCAUGCUGGGGACUCUAGACAGUACAGGGGAGGUUAUGACUCUAGAGAUACACCUUCAGGACCACCGCAGAAUUUUACCCAGUCAUCAAUGGGUUAUUCCCCUUCAUCUAAUUAUUCCCAGAGCCCCUCACAGCCGAGAGGUUUUGCACCUGUACCGCAGCCUCCACCCCGGGGGUUCACCCCUGUGCAGCCCCGCACACCUGUGCAGCCCCGCACUCCAGAUGAUAGCUACUAUGUAAAUAAUUCAUUGAACACGGUCACACAGGGGAGGGGAACCAACAUGCCUGCCCCUAGAGCUGGGCCACAGAGAUCAGACUUAAACGGGCCCUCAGGGGCUUACAGUAGCCCCCCUGGGGCUCACAACAAUCCCCCGCCCCAGCAGACAACCCCCAGAACUCAGCCCCAGGUCCCCCAGGGGAAAUCCCCUAGCAACUUUCAACAGAACAACCACCCGCCCCCCAGCCGACCAUCGCCAGCAGCGACCCAGCCCUCCCCCCAGCCCAGGCCAGUCGGGGAGCUAACAUCUCCAGAACGGACCCCACCCCCACCCAGUACUGGUCAAGCAACCACUCAAGCCAAACCCAGCACCACCACAAAAGCAGAGACAGAAGAAGGACAAACGAACCAUUCCAAUGCCAUUUGGCGAGCUAGAUGGUCAUGACCUUCACCUUUGUGACUUGCAUGCAAAGAAGGUCAUUGGUUGGCGUGGAGCAUGUGAAUACAUUAACUUCAUGGUUCUUCUUGUUGUUGUUUUGCAUAUUAACUUUAUUAGUAUAAAAAUCUCCCAUUCUGUGCGUUUUAUUUGUAUGACUCUUCUCUAGAAGUUUUGAUAAAGAUGGCUUUUUUAAACUGUUUAACACACACCGCAAGUUUCUAACUGCUUUACACUCAAUUUUUUUUAUUUAUCCCCCACUAUUUUUUUUUAACUAUAUCUUAUCACAGCUCUUUGGGGUACAAGAUUUCAUUAUUCUUUCUGCAUUGCUUUUCAAUAAAUAUGUCAGUGGUUCUCAAAAUACAAAUUGUAUUUUUGUCAGUAUUUUAUCAUGUAUCAGAAUUAUUUCCCUUUUAUAUAAAAGGAAACCACUUUCAUGGCAGAUGCUCUUGUCUAGUAAAAAAAAGGAAGUUUAAUUUGUUCAACUGUCCUUGUAUGUUUUUUAACCUCAUAAAAUUGAGAACUGCUGAUUACUGUUCACCUGAUCUUAGCAUGUAGUAGCUUAUUUUAAACUGCUUCUCUUAUCAUUAUUUGACAAUCAUUUAUCUCCCUUUGCAUGUGUUUUAUGCUUUGUGUUCUAUUGUAAAUUUCACACUCCACUUGGCAUAAGCAUUCAUUUAUUUAUUUAUCUUUACAUACUCUUCACUUUAAAAGCCAAAACAAUAAUCCUUCAGUGGCCAUUAGUAAAAAAAAAAAAAUUUUAAUUGAUUCAAUAACUAUCUUUUUACAGAUUAGUUUGUAUUGACAAAAUUCUGUGUUUAGUUAUGAAGUAAGAGCAAUGUUUUUGGUAAAAAAAAUUUGGGGCACUUUUAGGUAAAUUAAUGUUAAAUUAUUCUUUUGGAGAAAGAAUUUAAUCCAUAUAUGUUUUAUUCUCUAUCACAAGAAAUAAGAAAUACAUACAUUCUGGUAUUUUCACUGAUAUAUUAUAUCUUUUUUGUAGAGAAUGUUUUCUUUUAUUUUUUUCGUCAUUGAGAACUUAAUGGCUCUAAAAAAUAAUUUGGCUGCAACAGUAUAUCAUAGUCUAGGCUUAAUCCCAAUAGUUCAUCUACACUUUUUUUGCAUAUUUUCCCCCCUAAAAUGUGUAUCAUUUUAUUUAUUUCUAACAUGAAAUAUUUUUUUAAUACACAUGGUAAUUUUAUUCUUACUUUUACAAUUCCUAGCGUUUUUAAAUUAAAACAAGCAAUUUAUUUUUUAAUAAAUUUUAAACAAUUUUAUAUUACCCAAUGAUAUAAGAGAAAGGAACAUAGACGUGUAAAUUAUUUAUUUAUAGAAAAUAGUUUUAAAAUUAAUUAUUACUAUGAUCAGUGUUAUGACUUGUUAUAGUUAAAUUUCUUAUUUAUUGACAAUUUCUAAUACAAUUCUCUUGUCUUUUAAAAUAUCGUUUUUUUUGUGUUGUAAAAAAAAUACAUUUAUUUUAUUUUUUCCCUGCAUGUUAUCAAUUGAUUUUACUGUUUUUAAUACUGCUGGUAGAAAACAUUAGUAUUAGUCAAUUAUCAUGCAACAGUAGUAAAUUAAUAACAUAAGCCAAUUAUAAAUGUAAAAGAAAAGUACUGUGGUUUUAUUGCAAUUGCUUUUAUUUCUGUGAAGAUACGUUUUAUAUUAUUACAUUAUUUGACUUUCAAAAAGUAUGAUUUUAUUUUCUAAUUUGUGUUGAUUGAAUGUUUGCUUUUAAACUGCAGAAGUAGUGUUCAUUAUAAAAUAUAUUUGUUUUGGUUGUAAUUAUUUAAAUCAGCCUAGAGAUACAGUCUUGUUAAAGACUUUUCACUGUGGGGGUGGGGUGUUUUUUAUCAAGUUUUUGUGAAUUUUUUUUUUU